AACUUGACCCGGCUCUACCUGGACAAGGCCACCUUGGUGUGGAACGGCACUGCAGUGUCGGGGCAGGACGCUCUGAGCGAGUUCUUUGAGUCUCUGCCAUCGAGCGAGUUUCAGGUUCAAACGCUGGACUGUCAGCCGGUUCACGAACAUGCAACCCAGGGCCAGACUGCGUUGCUGGUGGUGACUGGUGGGGUGGUCAAGUUUGAAGGCAACAAACAGCGUUUCUUCAACCAGAACUUUCUUCUCACGGCUCAGGCUUCACCCAACAACGACCAGCCUGUGUGGAAGAUCGCAAGUGACUGUUUCCGAUUUCAGGACUGGAACAGCUGAGGCUCCCCUCGCCUUUUCUUUGUUUGACUGCUUAACAGUAUUUUUU